AUGGGAUCUCAGCAGGCCUUAGCUCUGUAUCGUGAGCUCCUCAGAAACAUCAGAAAGCUUCCCAGGAAUUCCAGGCAGUACUACAGGCAGAACGUGAAAGGAGGCUUCCAAAACCACAACGACGAGAUUGAUCCAGAGCGUCUUCAACAGCUCCUUGAAGGCGCAAGAAAAGACGCAGAUUUCAUACUGAAUAAGUACGUUGGGAGCAACCAAGGAGGGUCAACUACUGGACGGUGA